GCAGAAAUAGUAUAUCAAAGUAAAUUAAUAGGGUUUGUUCACUAGUAAUACUAAUACUUGUUCAACCUUUGAAAAGUAAAGUAUUUUCUCUUUAGUAGAAGAAAAAAUAUGACAACUUCAUUUGCCAUGCAAUCUAUAAUUUUGGGAAGUCCAGUUAAGUUGUCACAAAGUAAAAAUGGGUUGAAUCAGUUUGUUCCUAGCUGUUACUUGCCACGCCUUCACAGGACUUCGCGUGUUAGUGUUAAGUGUAUGGCUGAGGAGGGUGAGAAAGGGCAGUCAUCAACCCCUUCAACUGAUUUCUCUGCCGCAGUUCCCAAGCCAACACCUGCUAAGCCAAAACCAAGCACCAAUUUCAUCGAUAUAUUCUCAUUCAGUGGGCCGGCACCUGAGAGGAUUAACGGUAGGCUAGCCAUGAUUGGAUUUGUAGCAGCCAUUGGUAUGGAGCUUGCUAACGGUGCAGAUUUAUCUGCACAGUUAUCAAAUGGUGGAUUGUCAUGGUUCUUGGGGUCAAGUGCAUUGCUGACUUUGGCUUCACUAAUCCCAUUGUUCCAAGGAGUUACUGUUGAGUCUAAAUCGGAUGGGAUUAUGACUGCUGAUGCUGAGAUCUGGAAUGGAAGAUUUGCUAUGUUGGGAUUAGUUGCUUUAGCUUUUACUGAAUAUGUUAAGGGAGCUGGGCUUUUCCAAGUCUAAGUAUUUAUAUAAUAAAAUAUAUAAAGUUUUUCAUUUUCACUUUUAAGUACUUA